GUACUCCUCUUCCCCAAAGCCCAAGCCCAGGCCCCGCCCAAACGGUCUCCGCUCCUCCCUUCACAACCUCCUUCUUCAAAUCCCCAAACAACCCUCCAUCUCCUCCCAAACCCUUCUCCAAUGGCUUCUCCUCCCCAGCCUUCACCCACCGUUCAGCACGUAACCAAAGCCUCAUCAGAUCAGCUCCUCCGCAAGUUCGCCGAGCUCGACUCCGACUCCCCCCGCGCCACGCGCAAACCCCAGCUCCUCCGCGGCCAGAUCGACCGCAAAAAUAGAUCCAAUAAGGUCGUCUCCGCUCUCGGAGCUCGAGAGAUCCGCGCUUCUUCCAUUGUCGUUGAUGCUCCGAUCGCCCGCCGGAGGAUCAGCGGCAGCCGAGCUGAGUGGAAUACUCUGCUUCCUAUCUCUUCUCGGAGGUCAAAAUCUCUUGGUCGGAAAAUGGGGAUCGGCCGAUCUGAGCCUGGGAAUCGGGAUUUCGCCGGGAUUGCUUGCAUUCUCGCCGCACUGGAGAAGACUUGGCGUAGAACAAUAGAAGGUGCAUCAAAGAUGUUUGUUGAGAAGCAUUGCAGCAAUCACGUUCGUCUUAUUAGUGAUGCUGUUUAGAGAAAUCCAUGCAAAGCUCUUGCCUUUCAUAAGCCCCCAACCACGUUCUUUAUUGCUUGGAAAAAUAACUCGCAAAAGAACUUCUUUUGAAGUGAAUAAUUUUUUGCCUUCAUUUGUAAAGAAGGCUAAUGCUAUUUAUUUUAUUUUUUCAAUUUGUGAUAAUAUAUAUAGAUAUGAAUAUAUAAUUUCAAUGCUCAUAGAGAUA